AUGGAUGCUACCGAAAGUAGCAAGUUAAGUGAUGGAAUCGAUGCUCCCAUGUGGAUGUUCUGGAAGCGUCGCCGAUAUGUGCUGGUGUUUUUGGCAUUCUUUGGGUUCUUCAACGUGUACUCGCUGCGUGUGAAUCUAAGUGUUGCGAUAGUGGCUAUGACAGAGAAUCGUACCGUACAAUACCCAAACGGAACAGAAGGUUAUGAACAAGAAUUCGAUUGGGACUCCACCACAAAAGGAUACAUUCUGAGUUCCUUCUUCUAUGGAUACAUCUUCACACAACUUAUUGGUGGCUACAUCUCCAACGCUCUCGGUGGAAACUAUGUUUUCGGUGUUGGAGUUGGUGUCACAGCGUUGUUGACACUCUUGACGCCUCUCGCUGCCCAUGGAGGGUUCGGAUGGCUCAUCGCAGUACGUGCGACUGAAGGUUUCUUCGAGGGAGUAACCUUCCCAUGUAUCCACGCUAUCUGGUCAAAUUGGGCCCCACCGAGUGAACGAUCGCGCAUGGCCACGAUCGCGUUUUCCGGUGUGUUUACCGGUACCGUAGCGUCUAUGCUGCUGAGCGGCGUACUCGCGGACACACUCGGCUGGGAAUGGGUAUUCUACAUUCUCGGAGCCUUCGGUUGUCUCUGGUUUGUGGCGUGGAUGUUCAUCGUGAAGAAGUCUCCCGAAACAGAUCCCUACAUCACCACCAAGGAAAAAGAGUUCAUACUUGCUACACUGCAGCGUUCCGCUGCACCAGUCGAGAAGGUGCAACAUCCCUGGCGCGGCAUCCUAACGUCGAAAGCCGUUUGGGCGCUAGUCGUGUCGAGUUUCUCGGAAAAUUGGGGAUUCUAUACGCUUCUUACACAACUGCCCACAUUCCUGAGAGAUACGAUGCACUUUGAGCUGCAAGCGGCCGGUUUCCUUUCAGCCCUGCCGUACCUCGUGAUGGGCUCACUGCUCAGUUUUGCCGGAUAUCUGGCUGAUCUAUGCCAGAUCCGGCGCUGGCUCACGACAACACAGGUACGCCGGUACUUCAACUGCGGUGCCUUCCUGGCCCAAACCGUCUUCAUGCUCGUGGGUGCCUUCAUCCUACGGCCUGGUCCCACCCUCACCUGCAUCACGAUCGCCGUCGGUUGUGGUGCUUUCGCUUGGUGCGGAUUUGCCGUCAACCAUCUCGACCUCUCGCCGAAGAGUGCCGGCGUGCUGAUGGGAAUUUCCAACACCUUCUCCACCGUUGCCGGCAUUCUCACGCCCAUCGUGUCCGGGCAGAUUACGGCGAGCGGGAGCGAGAACGAGUGGCGAACCGUAUUCUACAUUGCCGCCGGGAUCUAUCUGAUCGGUUGCGUCACCUAUUGGUUCGGUGUAUCCGGCGAACUGCAACCGUGGUCGAUUGAGGCACGGGAAAAAGAACGUAACCAACGGAAGGACGACGGGAAUGGGUAUUUCAACGAAGGGCUACAUCUGGAUCAGAAGCCCUAG